AUGGCGGCAGCAGAAGAUAGUGUUGGUGAAACAGCUGAGCAUCACGUGGAAGAGGCUUCCACAGGACAUGAUGGCAACGCGAAUCUUGCCAUGGAAAAAGAUUUCCAUGACAGCAAGCCGCUGUCAGAUGCAUCUCACGACCAGCUUCUGCAAAUGGUUAUCGAACUCAAGUUUCAGAAUGAUGUGCUAAAAUCUCAUUUUGAAGGCUUAAAAGGUAUUAACGUGGAACAUGAUAGUGCUCACACUAAAACAGAAUCAGGUGACCAGGAAAUGGAAAGCUUGUGUAAUGUGAAAGAACUCCAUGAACGGAUAGAAGCUUUGAGUAAGGAACUUAACGAAGAGAAACAAACUCGAGCUGCAGCAGAGGUGGCUUUGGAGCAUCUCCGAGAGUCUUAUUCAGAGGCUGAUGGGAAAGCCCAAGAACUCUCUGCCAAGCUCACUGAAGCCCAGCUGAAGUUGGACCAGGAAAUAAAAGAACGUGAAGAUAAGUACGCUGAACUUGAUGCCAAAUUUCAAAGGCUUCAUAAAAGAGCUAAACAGCGGAUCCAAGAGGUUCAAAAGGAAAAGGAUGACCUUGAGGCCCGAUUUCGUGAAGUAAAUGAAGCUGCUGAGCGGGCAUCAUCCCAGCACUCAACAUUGCAGCAAGAGCUUGAGCGGACCAGGCAACAAGCAAAUGAAGCAUUGAAAGCAAUGGAUGGAGAGAGACAACAAUUAAGAAGCGCAAACAACAAGCUUCGAGAUGAUAUAGAGGAAUUGCGUCGAUCCAUGCAACCAAAAGAAAGUGCUAUUGAGGCAUUGCAACAUACUCUUUCAGAGAAAGAACAGAUGUUGGAAGAUAUGCGGGGGUUGCUACAAUCUGCUGAAGAAAAAAAGCAAACUUCAAUAUCCGAGCUUUCUGCCAAGCAUCAAGAGAAUAUAGAACAUCUGGAAGCCCAGAUUGCUGAUGCUUUAGCCGAGAGGAUGAGGGCUACUGAAACUAUUUCUUCACUGCAGAUUCUAGUUGCAGAGAAAGAGUCAAAGAUUGCAGAGAUUGAUGCAGCUACCAGUGGAGAAGCGGCACGACUUAGGGCUUCUUUCGAAAGUAUGAAGGGAGAAAUUGCUCAUCAAAAACAUGUACACGAGAAGGAAAAAGAAAGGUUUGAAGCUGACAUACAAAAACUCAAAAUGAAACUGGAAACUACAGAGAGCAACUGCAUACAUUCUGAGAUCGAAGCAGCUAAGCUAAGAAGCCAAUUGGAGUCGGAAAAGUCUGCUCAGACCCAGGUACUCAACAAGAAAGAUGCUGAACUAUCAAUAGCAAAACACGAGAUCAACCGCCUUGAAAGUGAGUUUUCCUCGUAUAAGGUUCGUGCUCAUGCACUUCUCCAGAAGAAGGAUGCUGAGCUUGCAGCAGCCAAGGACUCCGAACAGCUUCAAGCACUUGAAGAAUCACUGAAAGAUGCUGAAAGAGAAUUGUUGUUGGUAUCCGCAGAAAGGGAUAAAGCUCUGCAGGAUAGACAGGAUGUAUUAGCUGAUCAUAGUAAAGAACUCACCGAAAGGGAUGAAGCUCUGAAUGAGGCUCGUCAGCAGAUCAAGAGCAUAGAACGAAAGCUGGAUUCUGCCAUUUCUCAUCACCAAUCAGAGAAAGAAUCAUGGGAGAUAAACCUUCAAAACUUGGAAGAAGCAUGGAGAUUGAGGUGUGAGGCAAUUAAAGCUGAGACCGAAGCUUCUUCUGGGCAAGAUAUCCAAAGACAGCUAGAAGAACUCAAACUUCAAUAUAAAAAAGUGAAGGAAGAGCAUAGCGCGUUCCGUGACCUUGCUGAUAGAAUGAUUGAGGAUAAAGACAAAGAGAUUUCAAAACUUAUUGGUGAUAAUAAGAAGCUUCGACAGUCUCUGGAUUCUAGCACAUCAGCUGAUCAAAAGGAAAGUAGUCUCACAGCCUUCCACAACCAGGAUGCAGGAAACCUAAGCACCUCUAUUGCUGAACACCAGAUUCUGCUUCUUGCAAGGCAACAGGCUCAAAGAGAGGAAGAGCUAGCACAGUCCCAGCGCCAUAUUUUAGCACUUCAAGAGGAGAUUGAAGAACUUGAAAGGGAAAAUCGUCUCCACAGCCAACAGGUGUCCAUGUUGAAAUCUGAGUUUCGAAGCAUGGAGAGAACACAGAAAAGAGAUGGUGUUGACUUGACAUAUCUGAAAAACGUCAUCGUGAAGCUUCUUGAAACAGGUGAAGUGGAGGCUCUGCUCCCUGUUGUUGCAAUGCUUCUUCAAUUCAGUCCAGAGGAGGUCCAAAAAUGUCAACAAGCAUACCGGGCAUCGCAGGAUGCUCCAUCACCAACUCCUGCUAAUGAUGCAUCUGGAUCUGGUCUCUCUCUCCUCUCUAGAUUUUCAUUUUCCUGA